AACUAGAUCGUAGUCACUCUGUUCUUUCUUUCUUUCUUCCUUCCUCUGUUGGAGAGCAAUCAAGAAGACGGAAGUGACGAGCAUCAGCAGAGAUCCAAGGAUUUGAGAAGCAUUACCUUCAAGAAUGGGGUUAUGGACAUUGCUCGAAGGCUUUCUGCUUCUUGCAAAUGCGCUGGCAAUACUGAACGAGGACAGGUUUCUUGCACCUAGAGGAUGGAGCUUCUCAGAUGUCUCAGGACUCCAACGAGCCAAAUCAUUGAAAGGGCAGCUCAUAGGGCUCAUCUAUGCAACUCAAUAUCUGAGAGUACCCCUCAUAGUUCUCAAUGCUAUUACCAUCCUUGUGAAGCUCGUUUCUGGAUGAGAUUUAGCUUGGAUUUUCUGCUUGUGGGUUAAUUUGAGAAACAAUAUUUUUUGUGUACUGGAUUGUACGUGACAUUUGACGUUGUUUACAUUUGCCGCUGAAUUAUGUAUCAGCUUGCAAUCAUGUAUGAAAAAAUUGGAGAUAUAAAAUUAGUGAAUGACUGUCAGGUGUUUUGCUAA